AGUGCAUCUUGCUGUUGUAAGUUUUGCUGCAGUGCUGUUGUAGAGCUUCCGGCUUUUGCAAACCUCCCUCUAAAGUGAAGUGCGGCUUGGCUUUUACCCAACAAUACAGGAGACUACCUGAACCGAGAGGCGCAUUCCGCUUAAAACAUCUGCAGAUAGUUCACAUUGAUUGCUAGUCCUUUGGUGUUCAUGUUUUCUCUACGAAGUGCGCUGGGCAUCAUUAUACGCCCUCCAAACCACUGUUGGCAAAAGAAGAUAGACUCUACCAUCAGGAGAUUUGGUAAAGCUCCAUCUUCCGGGAAAAUGAACACUGUGUUUGUGUAUGGCACUCUCAAGAAGGGUCAACCCAACCAUCAUUACAUGAUCGAUGGCUCAAAGGGGUCUGGAAUGUACUAUGGCAAGGGACGUACUCAACAGAAAUAUCCACUGGUGAUUGCAGGGAAGAAUAACAUUCCGUUUUUGCUCAACCUGCCAACUAUAGGACACAAAAUAUUGGGAGAGAUUUACUUAGUCGAUGACCAACUGCUCGAGUUCCUCGAUGAGUUUGAAAAUUGCCCAGAUGUUUACCAGCGCAACUCUGUCAGAGUCCAGGUACUAGAGUGGGACAAUAAAGACAGCAAACCGGAUGUUAAACCAGAUGAAGAUGGAACAUUAAUGUGUUUUCUGUACAACACUAAAUUCUACGAAGAAGAUUGGUUGAAUCUUCCUUACUACGAUGACUAUGACCCCUUUGGGAACCAUGAACAACCAAAGUAUAUCCUACGUGAGGCUAGAUAACUGUAAAAGUUCAUAGCUGAACAGCAAGAAAUUCUAUGCAUUAAAUUUUGAAAAGUCAUCCUGAAUUCUUGGAUUGAUACUUUAAAGCCAUUUACGUGAAGAAUUUAUGAUCGGAAUUAUGAUCUUUUUGUUUCAACAAUUUCUGUAGUUCAUUAAAUUCUAUUCCAAUGCA